UCUUAAAUAAGCAAAUAGCUAGAAGUGAAAAUAGAAAACAAGAUGGCGAAAGCUUGCAUGAAGAUGGCAAUACUAUUUUUCGUCGCAUCACACUGCAUCUUACUCUCAAUGGCAUGUGAAAAUAAAGAGGAAUGUGUGGAUACUAGAUGUGACGAAGGACAACAUGCUAUUUGUUUGAUCAUCAAAGGAUGCAUAUGCGUACCAAAUGCAACAGUAAAUCAAGUUUCUUGUCAUAAAGAUAAAGAUUGCAAACCUCUUUGUCCUCCUAAUUGCGGAAUUACAAACUGCAUUGGUGGAAGAUGUAUUUGUAGCUGUUAAAACAUAU